AUGCACAAGAGGGCCUACAGCGAAUCGGGGGCCCUGUCGAAGAUAGCGCAGCGAGGCGCACGAGAGAAGGGUCUACAUCAUGAGUCCAGUCGGGCAGAGGGUGCAGGCACACACAAGCUCGAAAGUGUUGCUGUGCGAAUAAAAAAACUGGAAGGAAAAGAAAAACCAACCUUACACGCAGACCCAAACGAUAAAACAAUUCUUUACUUCGAUAAAGGCUUUGAAAUUGAGCAAUACAAUUUUGAUGUUGUAUUUAAUGAAGACGAUAAUAAUGAAAAAGUUUUUUUUGAAGUAGGAGGACAAGCGAUUGUUCAUAAUGUGUGCAGGGGAUUUAAAGAAACGAUCAUUGCUUAUGGCCAGACAGGGAGUGGAAAAACAUACACUCUGUUUGGGUCGAAUGAAGAAUUAGGCAUCAUUCAUUAUUUCCUGCAUCACUUGUACAGAGGGAAGUGUAGUGAAGUGAGAAAGAAAACGAUUUACUUGAGUUUGUAUGAAGUUGUGGGGGACAAGCUGGUCGACCUCAUGACAAACGUGAGCGAGAGGAAUGCCCAGUUCUACACGCAGGACUAUUACUUAAAAACAAUAAGGCACUCGUACAAGGUGGUGCACAUUUCAAGCUUCGAGAUGGCCAAGAAGAUCAUUGACACCGCCUGCCUCAUGCGCAACGUGGAGGCCACCUCACAGAAUCGCAGGUCGAGCCGGUCCCAUGCCAUCAUCCACCUGUUCGUGAACACGUCGGACUUCACCCACCACGAGGGCAUGGAGACCACCCGGGACUACUACGGCGUCCUGACCUUCGUUGAUUUGGUGGGGUGCGAAAGGGAGGAGUUCAACACGCAAGGGAGCCAAAACAGGAACGAAAAAACUUCCAGCAAGUUUCUUAAUUCCUCCCUGACCUCUCUCAACAAGAUGCUGCGCAAGAUGCAGAUGGGCACUUUGGACGAGUCGGACAAAAGGCAGAGCGUGUUGUGCAAAGUUCUUUUUAACUAUAUUAAGAAAACCUGUGGGGUGUGUCUCAUAUUUUGUUUCAACCCGAGGCAAUGCCAGAAGAACCUGACCAGCUCCACGCUGAUCAUGGCCAGUGAAUGUAAAAAAAUAAAAAGCAAAAGGAAGCAGCUGCUCUACGUAAAGACAGAAAACAGGGACCACUUUUUUAAGAAAAUAACCCACGGCAAGUGUGGACAGAAGGGAGGGCCCCUGUCAGGUGAAUCCCACUCCAGGACGACCAACAGAAAUUCUUCAAAGGAGGCAUCGAGUGGAAAAGACGGAGAAGUGGUGGGGGGAGCAGCAUCUUCUAAAGGCACCACGGUAGGUGACGCGACGGGCAGCGUGAUCUGCAACGCGAUCGCCGCUAAUGCCACGAUGGUGAUUGUUCACUCCGGCGACGUAGCGGGCCACCACAACGGCACGCACGUCUUAACCAUGAGGAAGGGGAGCGACAAGGAAGAAGCACUUGGACAACUCGUGUGUGAGUUGAUUAAUACAAAUAAGGAAGAAGAAAAGGAAAGAGAGAAAACGAUUGAGCAGCUGCAGAAUAAUUUGAGCAAGCUGACCAAGGAGUGUUCCCACUGGAAGAGGCAGGCACAAUACUACCACAAGAAAUUAAUAUUGCUUCAUAAGAAUUAUGAACAAAUUAAAGAGUUAUUAUUUAACACGUUACACAAUGGUGAGAACGACAUUUCAGUUGCGACUUUCCGCUCUUCCACAUCGUGUCAUUCAUUUGUUCAUCCUGAUGAAGGCAACUCCCCCUCUGGUACAAAUAUAUACACAAAGGAAAUUCAGCGUGUUAAAAAAGAAUCGCUUCAUUGGGGGGGGAAAAAAAAAGAACUCACUGAAAAGUGUAAACCAGUUACGCAGGGACAUGUACGAAAAGGAGACAUCACCUCGUACCAGACAACACAUUAUGGUGUGUCCUCUAGAAAGGAAACAAACCAGAGUGGUCAUCCCUCGAAAGAGAUAAACUUUGCUGUUACAUCAACGGAGGGGAGGAAAGAAGAGCACAAGGGUGGUGGGUACUCUUAUCACGUGGAGAAUGCAGAGCAGUUCGAAGAAGACACGCUGGACAGAAGGAGAGACCACGUGGAGGAGAGUUUACAAGGAGAGGGAAGCUACUCAGCGGUGGGGGAGUCACCAUCGUAUACACCAUCGGGGUGUAAUAAAGUGCCUCCUUUUGAACAUAACAUUGUCGAGCGGAAUAGUCAGGAGGGUAUUGUAACAGGCAGCAGCUCGGCGAGGGUGCCAAUAGGAGGAACUCAAGUGGAGCCGAAGAGGGACGUCAACCAUGCUAACCAUAUCACCAUCGACUCGCUCACAACUAAAAUACGGAACAGAAUUUUGAAGUCGAGGAGCCUGUCCACGGUGCAUGGGGACUAG